GCGCAAUUGUAAAAUCCAAGGGAAGAACAAAAGGUUUAUUGAAGAAAAUAUCGUCUUCUUAGUCCCGAAGGAAAGUGUCUCUCAGGCCGCCGCCGCAGCCGCCGCCUCUUGCCAGAAUAAUCUCAGUUUCUUUCUAAAACGCCCUAUAAAUCCUACACGCACGGUGUCGCCUUCCGACGUCAUCUCCUCAGAAUCCUCUAUUUGACCCUGUUGAAAUUCUUAUCUCUUCGCUCUCUCUCGCUCUCUCGACUUCUUUUCUGUAGUUCUUCGAAAUCUGUUUCCUCUUAUCAGACCAGAUGGCUACUCCUUUGGAUAUGUCUCUAGAGGAUGUGAUAAAGAAGAAUAACCGUGAGAAGCUUAGAGCACGAGGUAGGGCUCGUCGUGGGCGUGGUGCAGGUGGGUCUUAUAAUGGGGGAAGAGCAGUAGUGAUAGGGUCAGUUCGUAGAGGUCCGCUUGGCAUAAAUGCAAGGCCAUCUGCUUUCUCAAUUAGCAAGCCCCCACGCAGAAUGAAGAAUGUUCAGUGGCAGCAUGAUUUAUUUGAAGACAGUCUUAGAGCUUCAGGGAUUUCUGGAAUUGAAAUUGGCACAAAGUUGUACGUUUCUAACUUGGAUUAUGGGGUGACCAAAGAAGAUAUAAGGGAGUUGUUCUCUGAGAUUGGAGACCUGAAAAGAUUUGCAAUUCAUUAUGACAAAAAUGGCCGUCCAAGUGGCUCAGCAGAGGUGGUAUAUACUCGCAGAAGUGAUGCAUUUGCUGCUCUAAAGCGCUACAACAAUGUGUUACUGGAUGGGAAGCCAAUGAAGAUUGAAAUGCUUGGUGAUAAUGCUGACACGCCAGUUUCUGCACGCAUAAAUGUUACUGGAGUGAAUGGAAGAAGCAGGAGAACCGUUGUUCUAACGUCUGAAUCUGGUCGUACUGGUAGCUCCAACGCGGUCAACCCUUUUCCUGGUCCAAGCCAUCGUGGAGGGCUGAGGAGUGGUCGCGGUCGUGGUCGUGGGCGAGGGGGCUGGAGCCGUGGUCUAGGAGGUGGAGGAGGCCGUGGUUUAGGAGGUGGAGGCCGUGGCCGAGGGCGUGGUAGUGGUAGUGGUCGUGGCCGUGGCCAAGGAAGAAAGAAACCUGUGGAGAAGUCCUCCGCUGAACUCGACAAGGAGCUUGAAAACUACCAUGCUGAAGCCAUGCAAACCUGACCUGAUUAACCACUUGUGUUAGCUGUAAGAUAGAAGAAUGUAUGUCACACUCUCGUGGGGUGUGUGCUUAUUUCGUUAUCAUUAGUUAUUUCCAUGCUUACUUUUUGCUCUUCAGUAGUAGACUAGAUUGUAUUUUUCCUCUUUAAUGGAAGAGAUGAUGCUGUUUGACCCUUCCUUAUCAAAACCUCUACCUCUUCGGUUGAUCAUGAACGAACCGAGCUUGGGGUUCAUCGAUCUCUCAAAUAGGUAAAUUGCUUUAUGUAUAAAGGAGAUUUCGAGUUUAGUUGUUGCUAUACAUUGUUGAGAAUGAGAGUAUCUUUUAUUUUAGGGACCUA